GCAGGACUAUAGAAGUAUAUAACCUCUCCGUUGAGAGGACUCAGCAAACGUUGAUCAGGUCCUCGUCGGAGGUCCGCGGACAGCCUAAGCACCGGGCUCGAUCCACACGACUUGCCCAAUCUGUGCGGUGCGGAUCAAAAGUGCAGCACCGCCACCCCGCCCGGUCAGCCAGCAAAGUCAGCCUCUCGGACGCUACUCAUCGUCGCGGAGCACCGGAUGUGCCGCAUCGGGCGCGCGGAAUGGAUGGCUGGUCCCGUUUGCAACGGCACCGUGGCGGAUGACCAUAUGCAGGAUCGGCGGCCAGGAAUGGGUGCUCACGACUCGGACAACGUCCACCCCGUGCUGAGGGCUAUCUCUGUCCCGCCACGCACUUGCUUCGGUCCCGGCUUUUGCGCGACUCUGGCUGCUCACGAACGCCUCUUUUCAGCCUUACCUAGGGCGCGUCGGGUGGAAGGCUGAGGGAGUUUGGUUAGGGGAUAUCCAGGCUGUGGUCAGCUCAAGAUAAUGCGACAUGGCACUAGACCUUAACGCGAGCAUCGGUAGUCUCUUCAUCGGCUACACGAUUUCACUCUGGCUGUACGGCGUUACUCUGUCCCAGAUUGGGCUGUUCUUCCACAACAGCAGUCGAGAGAGCUCGAGGCAUCAGAGAGUUAUUGUUUGGUUGUUAUUCGUGCUCGAGAACGCACAGACUAUAGCCCUUAGCGAAGGGCUGUGGCUGUAUGUCGUCAACUAUCACGCAAAUCCCACACGGCUCGCGAGACCGCCUCGCGCAUUUGGGGUUUUAGUAUAUACCACCUCUUUGAACAACCUGCUCGUGCGAAGCGUGUAUGCGUAUCGCAUGCAUCAACUCGGUGGAUGUAUCGUGCUACCCACAAUCGUGGUCAUCUUGUCGAUUCUGGUUUCGACCCUAGCGUGUAUAUACGGGACCCAAGGUGUCACUAUGGUAACGUGGGGAUCGAGGAAAGCACUAGCGUGGACAUUCUAUGCCGGAUAUUCUUGCGAGCUAGCCGCAGACCUCAUCAUUACAGCCACCAUGGUCAUCAUGUUCGCGCAGAAGAACGUCGGCAUGCGAAGCUCUGACCGCUUUACGCAAACGCUCCUGGUGUAUUUCCUCAAUUCGGGGUUGCUCGUUAUGAUGUGUGUGAUCGGUAGCACCGUCGCGUACAUCAAGCUGCCGAACUCCUUCGCCUUCCUGGGAUUCUACCUCGUCCUUGGAAAGCUGUACGCGAACUCCCUGCUCGGCUCCUUCAACGCGCGCGACGUUAUCUUUCCGCAUGCGAACUGGGAGAAGGAGACGCCAAACAGUGCACCACUCCUAACCUCCGUCGUCGUACUUGACGAACCCGACGAUAUGGUCACGACCGUCGUCGGCGUCGCGGAGGCCGAGGACGUGAGCAAGCGCAUGAACGGCUCGAUCGGCUCCGAAGAUACGCAUGUGGAGGAAGGGCGGGGCAAGCGACACUCCAAAGAGGAUGGAAAGGUGCAGAUCGUCCAACGAGUGGUUUCGCGCCGGACAGGUGAAGGCCAAAUUUCGUAG